AUGUCUCUAAACCGCAUCUCCUUCCUCGAAGGAUGGGAACGCAAUCCAGCUGCUGCCUUUCUGCGGGGAAGAGGGGAAGACGUGUCCCCAUCCGAUACCGAGUCGGACACCUAUCAAGAGCUGCCCGAAGAUUCAUCUCUCGCAUCUUCAUUCCCCUCCACGUAUAGCAGACUCAAUUUCAAUCCGUAUGCGGGGCCCGGCUGGAACGAGAGUGCUGUCGACGAUCGGGACGAUCGCCCCUCGCUCCUGGGGUCCCUGGGACUGUCCCCCACGACGACCCGUGAAGGUCGAGCGGACCUGGAGCGGGGGCCUCGGUCACCGGCAUCUGCGGCGGCAGAGGCUGUGCCUGGGUCUGUGCCACACAAGGAGCAUCGGCCACCCCAGCUUCCAGCUUGGCUGCCGGAGACCAGGGGUGCUUUUGAAGUGAGCCCCGCAAGACGAAUCGCGCAGGUUUGUUUGGCGGUUAUAUAUUGUUUCCUCUCUGCAGGCAUUGUGUUCGGCUUUGCAGCCUUGAAGCCAGUUCUCAUCCGUGAGAAGGUCUAUCGCAACUUAUGCUCACCGCAGGAAUUGGAGAAAAAUGUGGGGGUGUGUUAUGGGCAGCAGAUUCGGUUGAAUCUGAUGUUCACUAUUGCCGCCGUUGUCACCAAUGUGUCGGCCCUACCUGUCGGAGCUAUCCUAGACACCUACGGACCUCGAGUGAGCAGUAUUAUCGGGUGUGUCUGCUUGGCCAUUGGGACAAUUGUAUUCGCCUGUGCUAGCCAACUCCCCUUCGAUGGAUAUAUACCGGGUUACCUACUCUUGUCACUUGGCGGGCCGUUCGUCUUCAUCCCAUCGUUUCAACUAUCGAACACAUUUCCUACUCGGUCAGGUCUCAUUCUAUCCAUGUUGACCGGUGCCUUCGAUGCCUCCAGCGCCCUCUUCUUGGUAUUCCGCCUCUGGAACGAGCACACCGCAGGCGAUGUCUCAAUCCAGAAAUUCUUCCUGGCGUAUCUGAUAGUCCCGGUGUUGAUUAUCAUCCUCCAACUCACAGUCAUGCCAGCAACAUCCUACAAAACCGCUGGCGAGCUAGUUCAGCAAGCUGAAAUACAGGUCGUCGAAGAGAUCAAUGACCGCGUCGACGACCAGAUCCCCGACCGCAACGAAGGCGAACGCCAGCGAAACGAUCGGCGCGUCCACCGUCACAGCAUCGUCACCCAGAUCCAAGACCUCCUCGACGACGGCACGGCCUCCAUCACCUCCACUGUCGGCUUCAAUGACUCUGUCUUCCACACAGACCCAAACAGUCCAGCGUCCAACGACCACCUUCCUCAAUCUGCAAGCACCUCGAAACCGCAGCCCGUGCCUCCAAACACACCCAGCACCCACACCAGCGGCGUCUGGGGUGUCAUGCACGGCUACAGUGCAUUCGCCCAGCUCCGCAGCCCAUGGUUCAUUCUCAUCACCGCCUUCACCGUGCUCAUGAUGCUCCGCAUCAACUAUUUCGUCGCCACCCUUCGGCAGCAAUACACCUUUCUCCUCCACUCCGCCCCCGCGGCGGCCCGCAUCAACGGGCUCUUCGACAUCCUCCUACCAGUCGGCGGCCUCGUUUCAGUCCCCUUCACCGGUCUCUUCCUCGACACGCUCCGCACACGCACCGUGCUGGGCAUUCUCGCGCUAAUCGCCACCCUGAUCGGAGUGCUGGGCUGCAUCCCCGACAGCACUGGCGCGGCGUACGCUAACGUCGUCUUGUUCGCUCUGUACCGACCGUUCUACUACACCGCCGUGUCAGACUACGCGGCCAAAGUGUUCGGCUUCCAGACCUUCGGCAAGGUGUACGGGCUGGUCAUCUGCCUGGCUGGGAUGGGCAGUUUCGCGCAGACGGGGCUGGAUGCGCUGACGCUGCGCUCGUUCAGCGGCGACCCUGUGCCUGUGAAUAUUGGACUGACGCUGUCAACGGGGAUUGCGGGGGCCGCACUGGUGGCGUAUGAUACGGUUGAGACGGGACUCAGUCGGGAGAAUGCACUGUUGCAUGGGGUUGCGGCGCGGGAUUGGGAGCGGCAGCCGUUGCUGGAGGCCACGGGGGAGAACCAAGUGCACCGAGCGUAUCGGACAUGA